CAAUCCAAUAGAAUAAUUCUAUGACACAAAUACAUAUGCUAUCCAACACGAGUUAUACGGUUGAAGGUGUCUUUAUCGGUGUGUUCUGGUAAACUUUGAACAGAAGUGCAUUUAAACAUGUCAAACUCGGCAAGAUGAGGUUACGAUAUUCGGUUUUAUUUUUACUUUGUCUCUUGUGGGAUUUACGAAUAUGCUCGGGAACUAUGUCAGUAAAUAAUACCACAGACUUCCAGCAAGAGUACAGACCCGAAGGUCCAUUGGUAAUGUGCAAAUUUCUGCCAAAAGAAUUUAUAGAAUGUGAAGAGCCGAUUGAUCAUAAAGGUAAUAAAACUGCCAAAGAUGAAACUGGAUUUGGUUGUGUAAAGUUUGGAGGUUCCAAGUAUGAAGAUGUUGAAAAAACUAAAGUGUCAUGUACUGUAUUACCAUAUAUUGAGUGUUAUGGACCCAGAACAUUUAAUCGGGAAGGAGUUCCUUGUAUAAAAUAUAGUGACCAUUAUUUUACUACUACUUUACUAUAUAGUAUUCUGUUAGGUUUCUUGGGUAUGGAUCGGUUUUGUUUAGGACAAACUGGUACUGCUGUCGGCAAAUUAUUGACAUUGGGAGGAGUGGGUGUAUGGUGGGUUUUUGAUGUAAUUCUGUUAGUCACAGGUUCUUUACAACCUGAAGAUGGCAGUAAUUGGAAUCCUUACGUAUAACAUACCAAACAGAAGAAACAAAUUCCAAAUCUGCAAAAUAAAAUCAAGUGUUUUGUAUGCUAUCCUUUUUAAAUAAAUAUUCAAUAAUUUCGAAUUUACGAAAUUACUGAGAUACUUUUUGUAAAGAUGAAUUUAUAUUUACUUGUAUAUAUAUCUUAAUGUGUAAAUAAAUAUUCCUGUUAGAAAA